UAAUAAUAAUAAUAACAUGAAAGAUAGAAAGACAUCAUGGGCAAAGCUACGCCGAGUGGACUCCCUCAAUCUGGAGGCUGGAAGGGUCUCCAUGACUACCUCUCACAACCAUCCUUCAGGGGGGAUCUGGAGAAGGACGUUGAUAUUAGCAUUUCAGAGCAUAGGGAUCGUGUAUGGGGACAUAGGGACGUCUCCACUGUACGUGUUCGCAAGCACUUUCACAAAAGGAAGCAUUGAAAAUGGAGAUGAUAUUCUUGGUGUUCUCUCUCUCAUCAUCUACACAAUUGCUCUUGUUCCCAUGCUCAAGUACGUCUUCAUUGUCUUGUGGGCUAACGACAAUGGCGACGGUGGGACCUUCGCUCUCUAUUCCUUGAUAUGCCGCUACGCCAAGGUCAGCCUCAUUCCCAAUUACCAACCCGAAGACCGGCAGCUCUCGAACUACAGACUUGAAACUCCAUCCAACCAGUUGCGACGGGCUCUCAAGAUUAAGGAGAUGCUCGAGAAGACUAAAACUUCUCACCUCCUGCUUUUCAUCGUCGCCAUCACCGGAACUUCCAUGGUUAUCGGCGACGGCGUUCUUACUCCAUCCAUUUCCGUCCUCUCCGCCGUCAGCGGCAUCAAGUCUCUCGGCCAAGACGUGGUGGUGGGGAUAUCCAUAGCAAUCUUGGUGAUUCUGUUUUCGGUUCAGAGAUUCGGCACUGACAAAGUAGGAUCAUUGUUUGCUCCGAUAAUCUUCGUGUGGUUUUCGUUCCUCAGUGGCAUCGGUCUUUACAACUUGUUCAAGUAUGAUAUUGGUGUUUUACGCGCUUUCAAUCCAUAUUACAUAGUGGAGUACAUGAAGAGAAAUGGAAGACAAGGAUGGGUCUCUCUUGGUGGAAUCUUUCUCUGCAUAACAGGGACGGAGGCCAUGUUUGCUGACCUAGGUCACUUCAACAUCCCUGCAAUUCAACUGAGUUUUUCUUGCAUCGCAUUUCCUGCGUUAUUGACUGCAUAUGCUGGGCAAGCCGCUUACCUCCGCAAGUUCCCUGAUGAGGUCUCUGAUGCAUUUUACAAGUCAAUACCGGAUCCACUAUAUUGGCCGAUGUUCGUGGUGGCAGUAGCAGCUUCAAUCAUAGCGAGCCAAGCAAUGAUAUCAGGAGCAUUCUCAAUAAUAUCACAGUCACUGAGUUUGGGUUGUUUCCCAAGAGUGAAAGUGGUUCACACAUCUGCAAAGUACGAGGGUCAAGUCUACAUUCCUGAAGUCAACUACUUGCUCAUGAUCGCUUGUGUUAUUGUCACCGCUGCCUUCAAGACCACCGAGAAGAUCGGCAACGCUUAUGGAAUCGCCGUGGUGACGGUAAUGGUGCUGACGACAUGUCUGGUGACGCUGAUAAUGCUGGUGAUAUGGAAGACGAGCAUAUGGCUGAUCGCUCUCUUCUUUGUGGUGUUCGGGUCGAUAGAGGUGAUAUACAUGUCGUCGGUGAUGUACAAGUUCACACAGGGCGGUUUCCUUCCGCUGGUGUUUUCUUUGUUCCUCAUGAGUGUCAUGUGGAUUUGGCACUACGUUCACAAGGAAAGGUACAUGUACGAGCUCAGGAACAAGGUUUCCAGUGAGUACGUGAGAGAAUUGGCCGGCAGCCCAAACAUAAACCGGGUCCCUGGAAUGGGGCUUCUCUACUCUGAGCUAGUGCAGGGCAUUCCUCCUAUUUUCACCCACUUCAUCACCCACAUCCCUUCUAUUCACUCCGUUCUCGUCGUCGUCUCCAUCAAGUCCAUUCCCAUCAGCAAAGUUGCCUUGGAGGAGCGCUUUCUCUUCCGCCAAGUGGAGCCCAAGGAGUACCGCAUGUUCCGUUGCGUGGUGAGGUACGGCUACAACGACGUGCUUGGGGAGCCCAAGGAGUUCGAGCGUCAAUUGGUGGAGCAGCUCAAGGAAUUCAUCCAACAUGAGAGCUUCAUCAAUGAAGCAGAACAGCUCGAAACCAAAGAUGAACACAAAGAUAAAGAGGCGCUGCCAUCAGCAUCUCGUGAUCAUGAUCACGUCUCCGUCUCAUCAGCUAAUUCGUCUGGCAACAAUUCCAUUCGAUCAUUCAACAAGUCCACGCAUUCCUCUAGCCGAAUAGUGCCUGCAUCGGGUCCCGUGGAGGCCGUGGCCAAGGGAGCAGAAGAAGAGAUGGAGUUUGUACAGCAGGCAAUGGAGAAGGGAGUGGUGUAUCUGCUGGGAGAAACCCAAGUGGUGGCCUCACAGGAGUCUUCAUUUUUGAAGAAGGUUGUGGUGAAUUACGCCUACAGUUUCCUGAGGAAGAACUUCAGGCAGGGAGAGAAGGUCAUGGCCAUUCCUUCAGCCAGGCUUCUCAGGGUCGGAAUGACUUAUGAGAUUUGACUUUUGAGAGAUCAUCAUAACG